AUGUUCUUCUUUCUUUUUUUUUCUUUCUUUCUUUCUUUCUUUCUUUCUUUCUUUCUUUCUUUCUUUCUUUCUUUCUUUCUUCUUUCAUGUUUUUUCUUUCCUGUUGUUCUUUCCUUCCUUGUUUUAUAUAUUCUCCUUUUAUUUUUCUUUCUUUUUUCUUUCCUUCCUUCCUUCCUUUCUUUCUUUCUCUUUCUUUCUUUCUUUUUUUUAUUCUUUUACUUUCCUUAUUUCUAUUUUCCUUCAUCACUUCCUACAUUGCUAUUUUCUUUCUUUUCCUUCCUUCCUUCUUUCCUUCCUAUAUAUAUUUCCUUCUUUUCUGUUGUUCUUUCUUUCCUUCUUUUUAAUUUUUCCUCUUCUUUCUAUUUUUCCUCCAGCCUUAUAACUUAUGAUUUUUCAUUCUUUUUCCUUCAGUCCUUCAUAUUUUUCUCUCUUUUUUUGCCCUUCCUUUUGUAUCCGAAAUACUUUCUACCACGCCUGACUCAUAUCUGA